ACCUCUUUUUCCAACCAGCAAUUGGGACCAUAAGAAAUUUCUGUACCAAGUUGAAAUAUCACAAGCAAAAAUGAACUACGUGUUUAACUCCAACGCAAAAAUCCAAGUCCAAGCCCACCUUCUCUGUGGCUCUUAUUGCUCCGUCAUUCUCUUCCUCACACCCGCCCUUUAUAUCACAAAUUCACAACCAACAAAAGAUCCCACAAAUCUUGCAAGCCAUAGAAAAAGCACAGAAGAAUAUCACAAAAAAACUGAAAAGAAAAACCCACAUCGCAGAAAAGAGAGAAUCUUGCCCUGAUACACAGCAAUUUACCAAUUUCUUCUCUUUCUAGUUGGUCUUCUUCUUUGCUGUGUAUAAUGGCUGUUGCUUCAAUUUCUGCAACCGGGGUUAAAGGAGGUUUUGGGACCUCAUUCAUGGGGGAAUGGGGCACUUCAAUGGCUGGGGAGGAUUCCACCAUGCUGGCGAGGUCAGUUCCAACCCAAGUCAGAGUCGGGAAGCCAUUGAAGAUGCCGCCAAUGAUGAAGAACGUCAACGAAGGGAAGGGUCUCUUUGCUCCUGCAGUGGUUGUUACUCGCAAUAUCGUUGGGAAAAAGAGGUUUAAUCAGCUUAGAGGCAAAGCUAUCGCCUUGCACUCACAGGUAAUCACCGAGUUCUGCAAGUCGAUAGGAGCAGAUGCAAAGCAGAGGCAAGGGCUGAUUAGGUUGGCCAAGAAGAAUGGAGAGAAACUUGGCUUCCUUGCUUGAUUUGAUAGACAGAAGAAGGAAGAAAAAAGAUAGGGUGCAUUUUGUGUUGGAACUCCAUUGUAAAGGAGAUGGAAAGUUGCCCUGAGAGAACCACCACCACCACUGCUGUAGUACUUUUGUAUUACUGUUACUCUCAUUCUUCAUCCUAUCUGUAAUAGUUCCCUUGUGUUUUGACACUAUCAAGACAUCACAAUUUUAGCUGUAGUUCUUGUUGCAACCGAGUUUUUGUUCUAUGAAGAAUAGAUUAGCUAUAAAUUAACAGCACAAGAGGAAAGAUAAACUGGAAAUUUAAAGCAUCUGCUUUUGCACAAACCAAGGCAAUCUCUGCAUUUAGCGA